AUGAAGCACUUACAGAAAAUUGAAGGCCUGAAAAAAGCUAAACUGGCAACACUGCCCUCAUCUGAUCAUGUAAACACCAAAAUGCGUUUUUUAAGAAGUUCUAAAAUAUUGACCCUCUUCCCAACGCGCAACUCCUCCACACAUUCCGGACACCGGCGGGUGGUAAUAACAGGAAGUGGUGCAGUGACUCCUUUGGCCAACAACGCAGGGGAUUCAUGGCGUCGCAUCUUGGCCGGGGAAUCGGCCAUUUCCCAACUGGGACCGGAGUUUAAGGGCUUACCGUGUCAGGUGGCUGCUCAGAUAGACAGGGAUAAGCUCCAAUCAGAGAAGCCUUUAAGUAAAACGGACAUGAAGCUUAUGAGUCCGGCUACCCAACUGGCUGUCGUGGCGGCAGAGGAGGCUCUGAAGACCGGAAGGCUAAACCCCAAGGAUAUGAGUGAAGAGCAGCGGGAGCGAUUCGGAGUCUGCGUGGGUAUGGGCAUGUUCGAUCUGACGGAGGUCUACGGCGCCUGGCAGCAACUUCAGCGAGGCUAUAACCGUGUGAGCCCCUUCUUUGUGCCACGACUGCUGCCCAGCAUGGCCUGUGGUCACAUAAGCAUGCGGCAUGGGCUCAGAGGACCCAAUCACUCGGUGUCCACAGCUUGCGCCACCGGUGCACAUGCCCUGGGUGAUGCUAUGCGCUUUAUUCGAAAUGGCGAUGCGGAUGUGAUGCUGGCUGGAAGUGGGGAAGCCUGCAUAGAUCCCCUCUCUAUUGCCGGCUUCUGCAGAUUACGGGCUCUGAGUACCGCUUUCAAUGAUAACCCCGCGGUAGCUUCGCGACCUUUCGACAAAGCCCGCGACGGCUUUGUGAUGGGUGAAGGAGCAGCCGUCCUUCUGCUUGAGGAACUGGAACAUGCCCGCUCGAGAGGAGCCACAAUACUGGCUGAGUUAUUGGGGUACGGACUAUCCGGCGACGCCUUUCACAUAACAUCCCCGAGUGAGAAUGGCGAGGGAGCUACACUGGCAAUGAGAAGGGCCAUCCAGGAUGCUGCGAUUAGGCCGGAAGAGAUCACGUACGUGAAUGCCCAUGCCACAUCCACUCCGACUGGUGAUCGCAUUGAAUCGCACGCCAUAGGACGCGUCUUUGGAGAGCACACUAGUCAGGUGAGAGUUUCUUCCACGAAAGGAGCACACGGCCACCUGCUCGGAUCCUCGGGCAAUCUAGAGGCAUUAUUUGUGGUGCACGCUUGUGCGGACAGCAAAAUGCCGCCUUCCAUCAACAUCGAGCAGCUGGAUGUGGAUGUAAAGGUAAACGUGGUCAGAGAAGCAGCGGAAUGGACGCCAAAUCAGGGACGUCGUGUUGCUCUCAAAAACUCGUUUGGAUUCGGUGGGACCAAUGCAUCCCUGUGCAUCGCCAGCUAUUCCGAAUAGGGAUCCACAAAUUGUUAACUAUUUUUAAACCAAUCGCCACAGAAAAUAAAAUAUUCAAACGCUGACAUGUUCUUAGGAAAAGUGUUUAGUUUUAAAACUUUA